UCGUCCUUCAGUGGGCCCGUCCGUAAUAUUCUGGGUCGUCGUUUCGACUGGAAAUUUUUUUUCAAACGCGUUUUUUUUUUCCUUUAACAUUUUUUCCGGUCGUCAACCGCCGGCGUUGGUCUUUUAAACAUUUCUGUUGGUCCGUUGCGCACUCGCGCUUCGCGUUCCCCGGACAGACAGGCGUGCGUGACCAGCCCUACGGCGGCAGCAAAUCUCGUCUCGGGGGCCGGACAACUACACACGGAAGAACCUGCAGCUGUAUUACGUCGUUGUCACCGUCACAUCUUAGUAUUCAUAUUGAGUCUCCUGAACGUUCAUUAAAUAAGAAGACGCAGAAAAAGAUAGGAAAAAAUGAAUUUCAAUACAGUUUACUAACUGCUGUUCGUUGCAUGCAGCAACUACAACAGAUUUGUAAAACCCAAAGAAAACUAAAAAUGCUCCACUAAACAUCUGUCCCCUCUUAAAGAAGAUGGGAUAUUCAACUACAUACUCAUCAGCUCAAUAAAUAACCCUUUUGGCUGUUUUGUACUUUUUUUUUAUUUAGUAUAACUUACAAUUUAAAUUUUUUAUUUAUACGCAAUACAUUUUAAACUACAAUACAUUUUAAUUGGAAACUGAAAUUAUAAGUCAUCAAAACAUCAAAAGAAUGUCCCACAGUCAUUUUUUAACCAAAGAAAACUUUCCCAGCUUUUGCAAAAAGUUGUCUGAACUUGAGUGGACAAUGGAUUCAACAUGUACAGAAAAACCUGAAUCUUCAUCCCCUGCUUAUUCUUUUUUGCCAACGGCUCGAAAUGUACCCAAAAGUGAUUAUCAUCCUAAAGAAUCUUACCAGCAUUUCAUAAUCGAUACUAAUGAAGACAAUACUUUAAUUGAAAAAUAUCUAAAACAAGAAUGUGACACUUAUAAGUUGUUUAGUGGUCCACCAAUUAAUCCGUUAUUUACUGAUGAAGGACGUGGUUCUAGUAUUGAAGAUUCUCCAAAAUCUUUUUCAUAUUUUUCAAAAACUAAUUGCUCUUACAUGGAUAAAAGUAUUUGGGCACAAGAUUCUGGCAAUGAUAGCUGGCCUGAUGCAUUUUUGCCAUUGGAUAUUAAAGAAGAAGCCACAUGGAAAGAAUUGAAUACUGAAAUCAGAAAGGAGCCUAUGUCAUGGGCAGUAAUACAGCGUCCAGUCAAAGAAGAUAAAUUCAAACCCAUUAAUCAAUUGGUUGAUGCUGGUGCAGCAAUUUUUCCAGAUGGCUCACAAUUCGAAAUUGAUUUAUCGUAUGAAGCAUUUGAUGCUGUUGAAAUAGAAGGGAAAUUAUACAUUGGUAAAGAUGAAUUUAGGCGCACAGAUGAUGGGUUGUUGUAUAAAGUCUGUAACCAAGAUAAAGGUACUCAAACGGACAAUUGGGAUGACGAUGAAACUGUUUUGGUAACACGUACCGCUAGACGACAUUACCAUUUUCCAAUAUUUCAGAAUUGGCACACAUCUCAAUCAAGCGAUAACCAAGAUUUGUUGAGUGAUUUUUUUAAUCCACAGCGGGCACGUGAAGUUAGAAGUGACAUGGAUGAUAGACCUCAAAUGGUAGAUAUGCUUUGUAACAUUAUGGGUAUGCAACAUAUAUGGGAUAAGCCAAUUAUGUAUAAUGAAAUUGAUGCUUAUCCAGAACAAAAUUUGUACAUACCAACAAAUUGCAAUGAACUGGCUGCAACCUACACAAUAUUGCAGUCAGAUAGUGGAUCAGAAAGUUCAGAUGAUAUAGACAAUAAUUUUGGUAUUCUAUUCCGUAAUUCGCGAACUUAAAAGAUACAUUAUUGAUUUUGGAGUUUGGAAGAUUAAAUCAACACUGUAAUAUUUUGUUUUGCCGUGCACCCUUUAUGUUUUUUGUCAAAAAAUGUUAGAUUCAUUAAGGUUAGGUUUUACAUAUUUUUCUUUGGGACAAAAAAACUAUAAUAUUUUAUAUUUAUAUGACCCAUAACAUAUAGUUUUGGUCAAUAAGUUAUGUGUUUAAAUUGUAUUUAAAAACAAAAUAAAAAAAAAGAACAAAACGUCAAAAACCCUUAAA